UAACCUCACUUAAAUGGCUUAGCCUGCGAGACAAUGAGCUAUCCAGAUUACCAGACAGGAUUGGCAACCUACUCCCAUUGGAAUACCUUGAUAUAUCACUUAACAAAGUUACUUCUAUGCCUGACUCAUUCAGACAGUUGGAGUCUAUUAAUGAGCUGAAAUUGGUUCACUGUGGCUGUUAUCAGUUGGACUUUCUUUCUGAACUGAAACAUCUGAAAUACCUAACCGUAGACUUUUGGCAGCUGGUCUCUAUUCAAUGGCAGACAGCUAGCCAGUUACAUGAUUGUCUACAAAUAAAAUCUGUCUACUUAAAUUAUGAGACAUGUCAUAAACACUGCACAGAUGGAAAGGAUAUACCAACAGUGGUAGUUGACCUAGAGGAGUUACAGCAUGGUGAUAUAAACCUACAAUACUGUCAUGACCUGUUUUUCCCAAGUCCCCCUGAUACCUUUAAGCACAAAUAUUGUGGUGAUGUCAUUAAGAUGGAUCUUAGUGGAAGCAACUUUAGAAACAAAACACUCAAAAUAGGUUUCAGUGACUGUCAUACCUUACUUGAGCUGAAGGUUGUCUUCUGCAAUGUUAAUGACAGAGGUCUUGAAACAGAGCUACUACAUAAUUUGAUUCAGCUAGAUAUCAGUCGUAAUGAAAGUAGGUAUUAUAAUCAGGAUUUUCCAGAAUUCAUCUUUACCCAAGAUUCACUUCGGGAGCUAAACAUGUCUAACUGCAAACUAAAAUAUGUGACAGAAAAGAUAGGACAGCUGGUAAGUUUGACCCACCUUGAUCUUAGCAAAAACAACAUCAGAUACCUUCCUGAUGAAUUGUGUAGCAUUAGCUCACUUAGAUGGCUUUCACUACAAAAUAAUGAGUUAUCCGGCUUACCAGUGGGGAUUGGCAGCCUACUCUCUUUGGAGUAUCUUAAUGUAACAUUCAACAGAAUUACCAAUUUACCCCUGUCAUUUAGACAGUUGAGUUCUAUGAAUGAGCUGAAAUUGUCCCACUGUGGUUGCUACCAGGUGGAUUUUCUUUCCGAAUUUAAACAGUUAAAGGACCUGACUGUAGACUUUUGGCAACUGGUCUCAAUUCCAAGACAGACAGCUGUUCAGUUACCAGAAUUUCUGCAAAUCAGAACAAUAUUUUUGGAUCAUAAGACAUGUCCCAAUUUUGCCCUGGAAGAUUUGCAAUGUGGUCUUGUAAAGCCUAAAUACUGCCAUGCCCUGUCCAUUCCAAGCCCUCCUGCUGACUUCAACUACAGUGGAAACAUCAUUAAGAUGGACCUGAGUGGAAGCAGCUUUGUUGAGCCCACUCUCAAAAUAGGAUAUAUUCACACACUUCAGGAACUGACUGUUGUAAACUGUGACCUUGACCUCACAUCCAAUGAAAUAGAACUACCUGCUAAUCUGACCAAACUAGAUGUGAGUGGUAAUCAUGGUCACCUCCGAUGCAUUGGUCAGCAAAAUGCACUUCAGAAGCUCAGUGCGUCUUCCUGCGCGCUAUGUUGGCUCACAGUAGAAAUCGAUCUGCUACAAAAAUUAACC